GGAAGACCAGAUAUAUUGGAUGCGGGGUCCCGGGGAGACCGGAUAUAGUGAAUGCAGGGUCCGGGGAGAGCGGAUAUAGUGAAUGCAGGGUCCGGGGGAGAGACCAGAUAUACUGAAUGCAGGGUCCAGGGAGACCAGAUAUAGUGAAUGCAGGGUCCGGGGAGACCAGAUAUACUGAAUGCAGGGUCCGGGGAGACCAGAUAUAGUGAAUGCAGGGUCCGGGGAGAGCAGAUAUAGUGAAUGCAGGGGUCCGGGGAGACCAGAUAUAGUGAAUGCAGGGUCCGGGGAGACCGGAUAUAGUGAAUGCAGGGUCCGGGGAGACCGGAUAUAGUGAAUGCAGGGUCCGGGGAGACCAGAUAUAGUGAAUGCAG